GAAGAAAGAUUUGAAAUUAUGAUGGCAAAGGCAGGUACCAACUAUCCCGAUCAAGACAAAGACAAAAAUCCACCCCGCACAGACAAGCUCAAAGCCAUAGACAGCACAUCGUCCAAUGACUUCGCUGUCAGCGGACCUAGUGAAGUCAACGAGUACAAAACUAUAGAUGGGACUAAAGUCAACGUGACUGUGAUGAAUGAGGAGUCUAAGGAGAUAUCUAUCAUUGGUAGAAAUGUUAACCUGGAGAGUGGGACUACGGAUUGUAGAACUUUGGAUUGUGGUAAAGUUGAGGGCUGUAGCGUAGAGGGUAAUAGAAGCACGGGUAAUGUGGUACCUGGGACACAUGGGAAAAAUAUGGAGACGCAAAACAAAUGA